AUGUCUCAAGUCAGCCACAAGAAUAUCGUCAGGCUCAUAGGUUGUUGCCGAGAAGCAGAUCACCCCAUGCUAGUGUGCGAGCUCGUCUCCAAUGGUACCGUGAAUGAUAUUCUUCAUGGCGGCAAUAAUGCGCCCUUAAAGUUGGACGUGCGUCUAACUAUUGUUGCAGAAUCAGCACAAGGGCUAGCUUAUCUGCAUUCACAAGUUCGUAUCAAAAUCCUGCAUGGUGAUGUUAAACCGGCAAAUAUACUCCUGGAUGAAAACUGUAUGCCAAAGAUUGCAGGCUUUGGCAUAUCAAGGUUGAUUACAGGAGAUAAGGAACACACUGUCCAUAUCAUCGGUGACAUGUGUUAUAUGGAUCCAGUGUACCUGCAAACAGGCCGGCAGACCUUGAAAAGUGAUGUCUACAGUUUUGGAAUUGUGAUCUUGGAGGUCAUUAGCAGAAAAAAGGCCACUCAUUCUGAUAAUAACAACCUAGUGAGCAGUUUCCUUGAAGUUCACAGAGAAGGGAAGAAAGCAACCGAGCUGUUUGACAAGGAAAUUGCAGUAACAACAGGAGAUUUGGAGGUUCUUGACUGUCUGGCGGAGAUUGCCGUGGAAUGUAUUAACCUUGAUGUAGAUCAAAGGCCCACGAUGACAGAUAUUGCAGAGCGCCUACUCAUACUGAAUCGAUCUCGUAGGCCAAAAAUUGUUUGCCAAUAA